AUGGCAGCAGAUGCCAUCCUUCCCAGACCAACCAUUUUCCUGAAUCCAAGCGAGCCAGUAGACCUUGGGGGAAAUGUCACUAUCUAUUGCCAAACUCAUUUUACCAUCUUCAGUUGUUAUCUCCUAAAGGAUGGCAACCAGACAAGUCAACAACUCAUGGGGGCUUACAACCCCCAUAGGUCUAUUGCCAAGUUCUUUAUCAGCAAUGCAAGUUGGGAACAAACUGGGCGUUAUACUUGCUGUUGCCACAACCAGCUGUUUGUUGCUUCUGAAUGCAGUGAUCCUGUGGAGCUGCUGAUCACAGAUCAUGCUCUGCCCAGGCCCAGUAUCUCCCUGAGCCCUGGCAGGAUUGCUUUCCUGGAAAGCAACAUCACCAUUCACUGCCGAGGCAAAGGUCCAAUUGAUAAGUUCUAUCUUCAUAAGACUGACUAUCCAAGCAUAGCACAAUCAAAGGAGCCAGAUGGGGAGAUGGCCAUCUUUCCCAUUAUGAAGGUGUCCCAAAGGGAUGGAGGGAGUUAUCACUGUAGCUACAGACCCCCAUCGGCACCGUUUAACUCCUCAAAGAUCAGCGAUGAUAUGGAGUUGUUCAUAUUAGGCCCUUGGCUGUCCAGACCCACCAUCUCCCUCAGCCCCAUGCGGGCAUUAGCCCCAGGAGGCCAUGUCACCGUCUAUUGCCGAAACCAAUACUGGCGACCAGCCAUUAAAUUCUACCUUCAAAAGCCUGGAGACCAGGAGCCUCAGCAUCUCAUGGAGACUGAUGGGGCCACGGGCAAAAUCAGCAUCAGCAAUUUGAGCCUGGAGGAUGCAGGGAAAUACAGCUGCAGCUUCUGUCCUGAAUUAAAACCUUUUCUCAUCUCAAUUGCCAGUGACCCCGUGGAAUUGCUGAUAACAGAUCCUGAUUGGCCCAGGCCCAAUAUCUCCCUGAGCCCUGGCAGGAUGGCAUUCCCUGGUGACAACAUCACAAUUAAGUGCUGGGUCAAAGAUCCAAUAGAGACAUUCUAUCUUUGGAAGUAUGGAAAUACGACAAAAACACAAUCCAUGAUGGCACAUGGGAAUGUGGCCAACUUUUCUAUCAAUAAUGUGCAACUGGACAACAGAGGAAACUACAGCUGCAGCUACAGACCCCAGUCAGCGUAUUUCAGGUCCUCGAAGCCAAGCAUCUCAGUGCAAGUGUUCAUAUUCGCUUCCCAUUUACCCAAACCUACCAUCUAUAUGAGCCCCAGCAGGCGGGUUGCCCUUGGAGGACUAGUCAGUAUCAAGUGUGAGAUUCCAGACGGACCUGCAGAGUUUCAAGAUGUACCUGCAGAGUUCUUUCUGCAUAAGGCUGGAGACCCAGCAUCACAAGCAAUGAGGAAUCAGUGGCAUGAUGGAGAAUUUUCCAUUCAUAACGUCAGCUGGAAGCACCAAGGGAAGUACAGCUGCAGCUAUUUUUUUAACGAUCGUUUUGUGUUCUCUACACGCAGUGCCCCUCUGGAGCUUCUGGUAUCAGACUCCACCCAGCUCAACAUCAUCCGCUUGGCAACAGGAAGCCUGAUCUUCUUGUUCCUUACUUAUAUCAUAAUUUUGGAUCAUCGCUACUGGAGAGAAAAUGGACUAAGUGUUAGCUAA